AUGAACCGAUCCAUAGAGCAAACGCUCCUCUCAUUGAUGCCCACGCAUGGCUCAACUUUACCGCCGUCCUUGGUAGAACUUGCGGGGUCCCUCCUGGCACAGUCGAGGCACCGGGCGAGCACACUCAAAGCAGACGAAGAAGUUGGGCGGUUAUACGCUUGUGCACACAUCGCCUGCGAUAGACUCAAGAUCACACUGGACCUCCCCCCGAUCGAGCCACGGCCCCCAAUCCCUCCCCGCAUCUACAAGCGUCUCUACAGCCACCUCGACAACAUCCUCCCCAACGCCGCUCUGAACCGCACACCAGGCAAGAACGGCACCCCGCGGCACAGACAAAGGCACGGGAUCGACUCACCCGUCAGGACGCCACAACGCCCAACACCCACAAAGGAGCGGUCCCUCGCGCAAUUCCGUUCCGGCAACCCCGCAAGCGGGCCGAACACGCCGACAAAGUCGACCGGCAAGGCCGUCUAUCCCUCCGACAAGUCCGGCCUCCACUUCUGGAUCCAGCCGACCAUCCGCUUCCUCUGCAAGGAGACGGGUCAGCGGCAGCUGGGGCCAACGAUGCUGGCCGGCAUGGAGUACAUUGUCGUUCCCGGCGGGCGGAGAACGCGCGACGCGUGGGUGAGGGCAAACCUGGCCGCUCUAUGCGGGGCUGUAUUCUUCUUCGUCACGCAGCAGGUCAAGACGCUCAAGACGGGGGAGGAGGUCGGCAGCGAGGCGUACAAGCCCGAACGGGAUCGCAUCCUCGAUCUCCUCGCCAAGGCGAGAGCAUCGGUGGGCUCGAGGGGAAUGGACGAGGACGAGGCGUGGGAGGGUUGGGCGCCGGUCACGGCCAAGGAGUUUGAUGACGCGGUGCAGCAAGUCACGGAUCGCGGGUGGCUCGAGGCCGACUGGUAUCUCAGUCUCAGCGACAUUAUCGAGGCGGGCGACGUGAUUGCCGACAGCCACCGGCGGGCUGAGGGCCCCUACAGGGCGCCUGUGCGCGGGGCGGACAGCAUGUUUCAAGAUCGGUACGACUUUCUGAGUGAGAAGAAGCGCCAGGAGUACAUGAUAUGGAAGGAAGGCAUCCUCAGACGCAUCGAGUCGCUGGAGAAGGAAGGCGGGGAGGCCAUGGAGGUUGACGUCUAA